UCUCGCUUGCCUGUUAGCUACCAAGGUUCCUCAUUUCUAUCCUCAUUCUACUAUCCCCAUACAGACAUCCAAUUGCUGAAGAUGGACGGAUUCUCAGUCCUCCGCAGAUCCGCUCUGCGACCUGGUUCCCGAGCUCUCAGUUCAACAUCCCCGCUAGUGCUCGAUUUCCUAGCUCCGCGAGCAGUGCAGCAACCUCAGUCCCGGCGGCAGUUCUGGUGGUCGUCCUCAUCGUCCUCAUCGUCCUCCUCCUCCUCUAGCGAUGCGCAGAAUUCGCAGCCAGGGCCCGCCAGCUCGAGCGGCAAGCCGAGAUAUAUCCUGAAUAAGAGACAGCGGGAAUUCCUGGAUAGCGCACUGCGAGUCAACCAGGCCGGAGAGCUAGCUGCCACCCUUAUUUAUAAGGCACAGACGCCCCAAGUCGUGCGUUCCUAUCCUCACUUGCGACCUCUGAUGAAGCACAUGUAUGACCAAGAAGCUGGCCACUUCUCGAUUUUCAACAACCUGAUCGCGAAGCACCAGGUCCGGCCCACAGCAAUGUAUCCCAUCUGGGAGAUGGCGGCCACUUUCCUGGGAUGGUCGACUGGGGUCAUGGGUCGUGAGGCUGCAAUGGCUUGCACAGAGGCCGUGGAGACGGAAAUCGGGUCACACUACAACGAGCAGGUUCGCGAAAUUCUUUCCUGGGUGGCAGAGGCAGAAAGCCGCGGUGAAGAGCUUGACGAGGAGAUCACGGAUCUGCUGGCGCAGCUUCGGAGAAUUCGUGACGAGGAGCUCGAACAUCUCGACCAUGCCGUGGAGAAUGAUGCCAAGGAAGCCAAGCCGUACGAUCCCUUGGUCAAUAUAAUUCGUUACGGAUGCAGAGGUGCCAUUAUGAUCAGCGAAAAAAUAUAAGAGUUAGCGUUGUGUGAAUCGUCGAGAUAUUGUAUUGUAUGAUAGGUCCUUUCCUUUGUCGUCGGGAGAAUCUAAGGGACCUUUGAGCGAGGUGUCACUUUCUGGAAGUUCAAUCAACUAUGAAAUGCGGGCUCUAUCGUUGGAGGAACCCGUUCAUUCUGUUUGCAGGCACGUCUGAAGCAGAAUCUUCUCUGCAGUUGUAGUGCAUACUGUUGGACUUAAUGGAAUGAACCCAAAUUUGUCUGAUACGCUAGGCUGUCUUGUUCGAAUUUCCUUCCGAGUUGAAGCUCUUAAUUUUAUGAAUCUGUGU